CUCGAGCCGCGCAAGUCGCACAAUAUUUCCAUCAUCCUCAAGUCCCUCACGGUGGGGCGGGAUGAAAUCGACGCCCUCCGGGAUGGGCACACAGACAGAACUCAGCACUGGGAGGUCCUGGAGAAGCUUUCGCGGCUCAACAUCUCUAAAGAGGAAGAGUCCACCAUCUUGAAGUUCUGUGGGAACCCCGACAGGCUUGCCCCAACGGAGGCCUUCCUCCUCCGUCUCCUCCUUGAUGUGCCAGGGGGUUGUGAAGGCUGCAGAACAGGAGCUGAAGGCACUAAGAAGGGAGCAGGAAAGAGUACUUGAGCUGGUCCAGAAGACAACAGAGUACAACCAUGCUGGUGCCGCCAAGGAACGGAACGCACAUCCCCUCCAGCUGUUCAUCGUAGUGAGGGACUUCCUGGGUAUGGUUGAUCAGGCAUGUGUUGACAUCAAGAGGAAAGUGCAACAGAAGAAACCAGCACCAUCGUCAUCGCAGCCAAACGCAGCAGCUGCUGCCCCCACGGUGGCGGCUGCGGCUGCGGCCACAACAGCGGUGACAGCGUCAGUGACAAAGGAAGCGACCGAUGGUCAAGCAGCACCAACUCACAAACCACCCGAAGAGGCAGAUAGUAAAAGGAAGAGGGUCAUGCCAAGAUUUCCAAACCUACCAGCGCACUUCAUGAAGGAUAGUUCAGAUUCUGAUUCAAGUAGUGACGAGGAAUAGAUUGAACGGGUGGCUGUCAAUGAUUGUUUACAUUGUUUUGAAUUGGUUGUUGUAGAGGUAUAGGAUAGCUGCAGACUGUACAUAAAAGCAAUUUUUUACAUUGGUUCUUUUGUCCAUUUCUUCAAUCAAGAUCCAUAUCGAGAGCACCGAAUAGAAAUAUAGAAUUCAGAAAUUUGUGAAAAAAAAUGAUGUGAAGAUCUCAAUUGCUUAGAAAUGAUAUCUUUGUUUGAGGGGAAAGCCCCUACUGUCGGUAGCUAUAUAAAGAAAA